AUGCCCUGGGAAAUAUUGUUAUUGCGAGUCAUGAAAGCACUCUCACCCCCUUAACCAUCUUUCUUUGGACACAAUUUUGUUCUAACGCCAUUGUCUGGCGCACGUGUUUUCUUUGGAUCACAAUUGCUGCAGAACCACAAUAUUACAGUUCGAAAUUCCCACCCCUUCGAUGUGUUUUAAUUUGAAAAAAUAAUUCAUCAUGUCGCUUGAGGGAGCUAGCUGUGUUAAAUUGUCUCCCGAGUCUGCACACAAAAAGACCAAGUGACUGCUGUCCACUGGGGAACGUUGAGCCGGUGAUUUCAGAUCAUGUCCAUGGCGUCGAUUUUACCCAGAAACCUCCGCGCCCCAGAACUCGCCCUAUGUUGCAGGCGACACCAAGCGCGCAGGCGCGGAGAGCCCCGAUGUAGGUGCGGCCAAGGCGCGCAUGCGGUCCGUGGACAAAAGACUCCGGAGGAUCGGCGGCGGGUAGGAGCGGGGAUCCGGGCGCGGGAUCAGGCAACACCGAGGCCCGGCCUGAGGAGCGGCCCCCGGCUGCGGGGAGAAUCGGUGCGGCCCUCGGGGACACGGUGGCCCGUCACCUGGGAACGGUGCGGCCAUGGAAGCGUAAACAUGGAUUCCCUGCCCCCUGGAUAGUCUGGAUAGAACAAGCAGAGGAUUGAUGCUCAGGAAUCUCAAACUCCUUCAGAUAACCAGCACCUGAACACCUGGGAGGGAUUCACUGUGUCAACUGAGCCGACGAGGCACCAUAAAUUCCCCAGCAUGGAGACAUUAUUCACUAGCUCCAAGAGUGAACUGGGAUUCACUCAAUCUUCCCACCAGCAAGAUCGCGCUGUGGAAAAACCAUUUCUCUGUCCCGAUUGUGGGAAGGGAUUCACUCAAACAAACAACCUGAAGAGACACCAACAGCAAGUUCAUGGUGAGGAGAGACCAAUUCCCUGUCCAGACUGUGGGAAGGUGUUCUCUCAAGCCUGCCACCUGAAGAGACACCAACAGCGAGCUCACACUGAUCAGAAAACAUUUCCCUGUCCCGAUUGUGGGAAGGGAUUCUCUCAAGCCUGCAACUUGAAGAAACACCAGAUAAUUCACACGGGGGAGAAGCCCUUCAUCUGUUCUGUUUGUGGGAAGAGAUUUAGUGCAUCCUCUGGGCUACAGAGACACCAGCUGAUUCACACUGGGGAGAAGCCAUUCACCUGUUCUGAGUGUGGGAAGGGCUUUGUUCAAUUGGCAAACCUCAGGACACACUAUCAAAUUCACACCGGGGAGAGACCGUUCAUCUGCUCUGAGUGUGGCAAGGGAUUUACACAAUUAUGUGGGCUGCAGAAACACCAGCGAAUUCACAUUGGAGAGAGACCGUUCACGUGCUCUGUGUGCGGGAAGGGAUUUGCUGAUUUCUCUGGGCUACAGACACACCACCAGAUUCACAGCGGCGAGAGGCCGUUCAUCUGCUCUGAGUGUGGCAAGGGAUUCACUGAUUCUUCCAGCUUGCUGACCCACCGGCGAAUUCACACUGGGGAGAGGCCGUUCACUUGUUCCGUGUGUGGGAUGGGAUUUGUACAAUUAUCGCAGCUACAGACACACCAGCCUAUUCACACUGGGGAGAGGCCAUUCACUUGUUCUGUGUGUGGGAAGGGAUUUAUACAUUCAUAUCGGCUACGGUCACACCAAAGGAUUCACACUGGCGAGAGGCCGUUCGCCUGUUCUGUGUGUGGGAAGGGGUUCACUGGGUUGAACUACCUGAAAAAACAUCAACGACUUCACACCACGGAGAGACCAUUCCCUUGUUCUGUGUGCGGGAAAGUAUUUAUAGAUACAUCUCGGCUACAAUUACACCAGAGGACUCACACUGGGGAGAGGCCGUUCGCCUGUUCUGUGUGCGGGAAAGGAUUCGCUGGGUUGAACUGCCUGAAAAGACAUGAGCGAGUUCACACCGGGGAGAGACCGUUCACUUGUUUUGUGUGUGAGAAGGGAUUUAUGGAUGCGUCUCAGCUCAAAUCACACCUGCGGACUCACACGGGAGAGAAGCCCUUCACUUGUUCUGUGUGUGACAAGGGGUUUGGUAAAUUACAUGGGCUACAAAUACACCAGCGAAUACACACUGGGGAGAAGCCGUACACUUGUUCUGUCUGUGAGAAGGCAUUUACUAACUUAGCUGCGUUACAAAGACACCAGAGAAUUCACACUGGAGAGAGGCCAUACACCUGCUCUGAGUGUGGGAAGGGAUUCAUUCAGUCUUCCCAGCUGAAGACCCACCAGCGAGUUCACACUGCGGGGAAACCAUUUGUCUCUCCCAACUGUGGGCAGGUUUGCAUUGUUGAUCUGGAGACCAACCAGCAAAUUCACACUGAGUAGAGGCCGUUCACCUGUUCUGUGUGUGGGAAGGGAUUCACUCUGUCUCCCAACCUGGUGACCCUCAUGUGUGAGCACACUGGGGGAAGGCAGUGGUGGGGAGGGGGGUUGCUGAAUCUGGUUGCAAGUUCAGGUUGCAAGUCUACAAGUGUCUGCUGCUGUUGGAGUCUGUGGUUUCUGCUGCUGCUCAUCACGUCUAGGACUGAAUCUUGGUCACUGGGCUCAGUUGGGGUUUUAAGUUUAUUUUAUUGUUUUUGUCACGUGUACUGAGGUACAGUGAAAAGCUUUUACAUGGGGUGAAGCCUCGCGGGCUCUGGCAGUCGUGGAUGGGCCACAUGGGAGAGCCGGAUGAUGCACUGCAAGGCAUAAAAGGGGGGGGGGGUGAAGAAAAGGAGG